AUGCUUCGGCAGUCCACAUCUACAACCUUCUCACUGCCAGCGCUCGAGUUCACUCUGCGAUCAAGCAAGAUGAAUGGCAGAGAGACUUACAUGACCUGGGGCUGGGGCAUCACGAAUUCGGGAGGAUGUCUCCGUUGUUCUGCGGCAGGUGUCUCCUAUGGUCGUGGUGAGUUGAAGUCAUAUCGUACAUCUGCUUAUUCCCUCACUCACCUGUACACGACCCGCUUCCCGCAAUCAGUCGUAGCCAUGAUCCCAAAACUCCAAUCCGAGAAAACGAUACUCGAUGAACUAACGACUUUUGUACCUCCACCUCCAUCUAACCGCCUCACCUCGCUGUAA